AUGGAUAUCGACUACUAUGAACGCAUCGUGGAGAGGAUCCAACUGGACAACACUCAGGUGAUGGUGAGCUCCACCGCAUGUUUCGUCAUCGGCUUUCUACAAUAUGUCUACGCCAUAAGACUUCAAGUCCGGGAAGGCCUUGGCCCGAUACCCUUCUGGAUGCAGUCAUUAUACGUAGCCCACGAAUUGACAUUUGUUUACCUCUUCUCCCGGGCUGCGCCGCAAUACAAUUACCAUUGGUUCCUUGUGGGGACCGCGUUUUCGCUAUCCGUGUGGGCGACACUCGAAAUAUUCUCCAUGUGGUAUAGCAUAUAUAACCCAAAAGACCGCGUCGCUACGUUCUCUCCUCUUUUUGGACGGGACCCUGCCAUUUCCUCUAUCUUGGCCUACUUAUUCUGGUUUCAGCUCGCUAUGUUUGCGUUCGUUUGGUCUUUAAUUCAUUUCUUGGGCCCUGGAUGUUUCCUCCUCACCGGAGCGCUUACCAACGUUCUCAUGAUCAUCGGACCGACACACGAGUAUCUAGCUCGCGGCUCACGGAACGGUCUUUCUCUCGGCUUUUGCCUUACCAAUGUUGCCUGCGCCAUAUGGACAUUCGCGCCAUUCAGUAUGGGGGUGGCAGUUUUACCUGAGAUCUUCGAUCAGCCUGUCAUGUACUCCGCAGGGUGUAUUUUGCUAGGAUACUCCAUAUGGUUGACGACCGUGGUCGCUGCAUAUCCUCCUAAGACUGUGUUACGCUCCAACAAGUUGAUAGAAGUCAGCUUUGUUCUCAGCACCAUAGGAUCCCUGAAGAUGAGCGAAUACUUCAUCAGUGGCUUCAACGUCGUUUUCUCGCAGAAUUCUGAAGCUCUUAAUAUCCCGAAAUGGCUCCGCAGUUGGCCAGCAGGUGUUCCAAGCUUGACAACUGCUGCACUCCUUCUUCCCUUCGCCCGCUUAGGCGAUCAAUAUGGCGCUCGAUGGGUCUUGAUGUGUGGCUAUACAUGGCUGCUCGUUCGGUCAAUAACAUCCGGUUUUAGUAAGAACUCCACGAUGCUUACCAUUUGCUGCGCUAUACGGAGGGUUGGAGCUGGUGCCUGUAUGCCUACCGCUGUGUCACUACUUUCCAGCACGUAUCGGCCAGGUCUCCGCAAGAAUCUAGUAUUCGGGUCAUAUGGGGCUUGCGGUUGCUUAGGAUCCCCUGUGGGUAUCUUGAUAGCAGGUCUCUGUGCCCUGCUGAUCAACUGGAGCUGGCUCUUCUGGAUCGGAGCUAUUUGUGAAGUGGUCAUGCUUGUAUGUGGUUUCUUUACUGUUCCCAAGAAGUUUGGACACGCCGCCAUCUGUGUCGAAGGCUGGGUCGCAAAGGACCCGUUGCUUCCAUCUGAUCUCUUCCGGGUCAAGUACAUGCGACAAAUUACUGUUGGCUUGCUUUGGAGCUAUGAAGUCUUUGGGCUGUUCGUAUUUUAUGGCACGUUUUGUGUUCGCCGACGUUACCGAAAGCGCGGUGCUGUCGUCGAUCUCGUUGGAAUUGCCUUGAAGAAGAGGGAAGCAGCCGAUGAGGCCCGUGGAGCGGUCGUCGACCUAGGUAACGCUGGUAUUUAA